AUGUCACGACGCUUAUCAGCUGCAGAAAAAGGGAAAGGCAUCCAACGCCAUGAAUCCCCUCCCAGAAGAGGAAGAGUACAGGUCCCUGCAUUCGAUAACUCCGAACUCAUGCGAAGACACGAGUUAACACUCAUUGGCAGAGUCACCAACCCCAAAGUCCAGCGAAUGUGGUCUCUCAUCCUUUUUCUAUCUGACCACUGGAAGUGCUCCACAAGACGCGAAGGAGCAGAUCUAGGUAAAGGAAAAUUCCAUUUCCUCUUCAAAACCCAGGAAGACCUCCAGAAGGUCCUUGAUAAUAGGCCUUACCACUUUGCUCACUGGAUGAUUAUCAUCGAAAAAUGGGAACCCUCUAUCUCCCCCAGUUUUCCAUCCAAUAUACCCUUUUGGAUCCAAGUCCAUGGCGUACCGGUUCACCUCUGGAAUGAAGCCAUCCUUCACAGUAUCGGAAAAGAUUUGGGUAUCUUUGACACCUGGGAGAUCACUCCAACUAAAGCCAGGCUCCGAGCUCAAAUAAAUGGUCUCUUCCCCCUCAUCUUUAACACAACUCUGGAAUUUUCAAAUGGGGAUGAGGUCGAAGCGUCACUUCUCUAUGAAAAACUAGAGAAACACUGCUCACUAUGUCACUUACUGACUCAUGAGAAAGAAGACUGUCCUCAAAACGCAACUCUUCCCAGGGCGUCUUCAAAUAUCAACAUUUCGGCUUCUCGUCCAAGAGACAGAACCAGAAACCUUCCUACCCCACCUAGUCAGCGAGAAUCUAGCAGGAACUCAUAUCACUCUCAACGCUCUGAUCUUCGAGAUGUCUUAAUGAAUAGAGAUUUGAGGCGUCUGCCUCCACCCCCUAGAGCCUCAUCGCACGUAUCUUCUGGAAGAGCAAAUGAAAGACAUGCAUCUCCCCACACAGUACAACAGCCUGAAACUCCUAGAAGCCCUCAUUUUAUCCCACCAGGAGCUCUUCAGGAGGCACAGGAGGAGCUCAGGGAAGUCAUGAUACAAUACUCCAACUGCGCUGAUCCUACUGAAAGCGCAGCAAGGAAGGAAAGAUGCCGGUUAGCAGAGGAACAGGGAGAAUUUGAACAAUCAGCUAUCAAUUUGGCUCUGUCUAAUCUAAACAAAAAAAGCAUUGUUAUCUCACCUCCCUCGGAUUCCAGACUUUCAGCACUAGCAAGACUUGGCCCAUCUCCUCCCCCAGCCACAAGGCCUCCGGUGCUUGAAAGACUUCAACCCCCACCUCAGGAAACAGGAGAGCCGGUAACUACUACAGGCCCCUCAAUGAAAAAAAGGCUUGGGCGUCCACCCGGAAGCAAAAAUCAAUCUACUCUAGCAUUGGGAGCAGCCGGAACCAUCACAAAGAAACGGAGGGUGACACUAUCAAAAGGCUCACCUAAAAGACGAACCCCCUCUGCCCGAGCCCCAAAGCCAGCUCAAAAAUAUCAAGACGCCUCUGCAUCUGCAAGCAUGAGACCCUCAUGUAAUAUUAUUCCCCCGGUGGCCCGACGAUCAGUGGAUUUUCGCGCACCACCACCUCCAAUUCCUUAA